AUGUUUCCUUCUCUCUCCCACCAGUGGGACUCCAUCAAUGAAAUGGAUGAAUUUUUCAACCCCAUCCACACCUACCAAGUGUGCAACGUCAUGACCCCGAACCAGAACAACUGGCUGCGGACCAGCUGGGUGCAACGGCACGGGGCUCGCCGGGUCUAUGCGGAGAUCCGGUUCACCCUGCGGGAUUGCAACAGCAUGCCAGGCGUGCUGGGCACCUGCAAAGAAACCUUCAACCUCUAUUACCUCCAGUCCGACCGCGACCUGGGCAGCACCACCCGCGAGAGCCAGUUCGUGAAGAUCGACACCAUUGCUGCCGACGAGAGCUUCACCAACGUGGACUUGGGGGUCCGGAAGCUCAAGCUUAACACAGAGGUGCGUGGCGUGGGGCCGCUGAGCAAGCGAGGCUUCUACCUGGCCUUCCAGGAUAUCGGCGCUUGCAUUGCCAUAGUCUCGGUCCGCGUCUACUACAAGAAGUGCCCGGCCAUGGUGAGGAACUUGGCGUCUUUCUCCGAGGCAGUAACUGGUGCAGACUCCUCGUCCCUGGUGGAGGUGCGGGGCGAGUGUGUGGGGCACUCGGAGGAGAGAGACACCCCGAAAAUGUACUGCAGUGCUGAGGGGGAAUGGCUGGUGCCCAUUGGGAAAUGUGUAUGCAGUGCUGGCCAUGAAGAGUGGAAGGACGCGUGCUUAG